AUGGAAGGGAAUAAUAGUAGUAGCUGUAGAAAAAUGGAUAUGGAUCGGAUCAAGGGCCCGUGGAGCCCGGAGGAGGACGAGCUCUUGCAGCAGCUGGUGAAGAAGCACGGGCCGAGGAACUGGUCCCUCAUCAGCAAAUCCAUCUCCGGCAGAUCCGGCAAGAGCUGCCGCCUCCGGUGGUGCAACCAGCUCUCCCCCCAGGUGGAGCACCGGGCCUUCACGCCGGAGGAGGACGAGACAAUCAUCCGGGCCCACGCCAGGUUCGGCAACAAAUGGGCCACCAUAGCCCGCCUGCUCUCGGGUCGGACCGACAACGCCAUCAAGAACCACUGGAACUCCACCCUCAAGCGAAAGUGCUCCUCCCUCAGCUCCGACGACGGCACCGACUUACUGGUUCGACCCGACAGGCCGUUGAAGAGAUCCGUCAGCGCCGGGUCGGGCGUUCCAGUUUCGGGCCUGUAUUUGAGCCCGGGCAGCCCGUCCGGAUCCGACGUCAGCGACUCGAGCCUGCCGUUCAUCUCGCCCGUUUUCAAACCGGUCGCUAGAACCGGCGGCGUUCUGAUCGAGACGGCGUCUUCCGCCCCCGAGCCUGCGACCAGCCUGAGCCUUUCCCUUCCCGGGGUCGACCCGGCCGAGUCAUCUGAACCGAAAACCGGCCAGAUCCAGCUGCUGCCGAUUCUGCCCACCGCGCCACCAACCCCGGUACCGGCGACCGCCGUACCAGCAGUCGCCCCCGAGAAACUGCCUCAAAGUCCUCCGAUUGCCGGCGUAUCCGGGUUUGCGCCGGUGGCGGCGGCGGAGCAUCAGGCGGACAAGGUUUUCGUGCCGUUCAGCAGGGAGCUGAUGGCGGUGAUGCAGGACAUGAUACGGGCGGAGGUGAGGAGUUACAUGAUGGAACAGCAGCAGCAGCGCCGUCACCAUCACCAUCAACAGCAACAGCAGCAGCAGCAAUAUAUCAAUCAUCGUCAUCUUCAACAGCAACAGCAGGCUAACGUGAACGAAGGGUUCAGAAACGCCGCUCUUAAUCGACUUGGGCUCAGCAGGAUCGAUUGA